GAUAGUUCUACAGCACUAACUUGUGCAUUAUUCGUGCCUUGUUGGAAAAAUCAAAACAAGUUAUAAAUUGGUUUUUAUUUACUGUACGGUAUGUUUUAUGAGCAAUCGUGCUUACUGUGCUUGGAAAAAACCAGCGCAACCGAUGGUCGAAUAAAUAUUGAUUCUAAAGAUCCGCAAUCAGUAAAGAUUCGUGAGGCAAUUAAACAACAUUUUAGAGAAGAGCUCAGUAUGAUACCCUUUUUAACAACCAAAGUCGUGUGUAACCAAUGCUGGGAAUUGGUACAAUCUUUUGAUGAGUUUUAUGUUCGUGUACAGAAGGCGCACUUAGCAGCGAGCGACAAACUUAAAUCUUUGCAAGAGUUGGAGAUAGAAGUAAAAGAAAUUAAAGUAGAGACAGACACAUUAGACGAGUUAAAUUCUUCUCCAAAACAUAAAAAUAAACACUCACGCGGUCUCGAAAAUGUUGAGGAAAAUAUAAUUUCCUUACAAGGAAACGGAGAUAAGAAUGAACAGUUGCAUAAUGUAAAUGUAGAAAGUUUUGCUAUUAAGAGUGAAGCUAUACAAGAUGAUACACUGGAUGCAAAUUAUUCCCCGCAAAUAUCAGAAGAUGAGAGUGAAUCAAGUAGCUCAGUGUCAGAAAGUGUUGUGAAGCUGGAAGAGGAAGAGAUAUUAGACCGUGCACCGCAUAAAAUAUUGCGAACUAAAGGAAGGUCAAAACAAAAGCGAACCCAGCAAAAGGGAGAAGCAAAGCAACAGAAUGAAAGGCGACAUAAAGCCAAAGACUAUGAUGAAUUUAUUGCACAAAAUUUUAAAUUAAACUGUUUUCUUUGUCAAAAGUCUCUAACAGAUUUCAAGGAACUAAAAAGUCAUUUUCGGGAAAACCACCAAACCAACGGAUAUGUAAAAUGUUGUGGCAAGAAAUUAUUUGACCGAGGUGUGCUCGUUGAUCAUAUUCGUGUUCACAUCAACCCAGAAUACUUCAAAUGUCAACACUGCGACAAGGUAUUAUGUGAUCGAAGUGGUCUGAAAAUGCAUUUGCAGUAUUUCCAUGGUUCCAGAGAACGUACUUAUCAUUGCAUUAUUUGUUCUAAAGGCUUUUUGAGCCGAAAAGUUCUCACUCGACAUUGUCUAAUCCAUGCUCCCGACGAACAAAAAAAUGUUAAGUGCGAACAAUGUGAUAAAGCAUUCUGUAAUCAAUAUAGCAUGAAACAACACUUAGCGCUAGUUCAUCUAAAUUUAUAUGCGAAGAUAUGUGAUAUUUGCGGCAAAGCACUCAAAUCGACAAAAAGCUUACGAGAACAUAUGGCAACACAUACAGGAGAAGUUUUGUGUACUUGUACAUUUUGCCCUCAAACGUUCAAUUCUAAAUCGAGCAUGUACACUCAUCGCAAACGACAGCAUCCAAAAGAAUGGGCAGAAAAUUGUGCAAACAAAAGAAUGUUCCCUGGAAUAGUACAAAAAAUUCAAAGUGAUUUAAGGUCCACAAUAUAAUCUUCGUUGCAGACGACGUUCAUAGAGAAGUUUCAAUGGGAAAAAUGCAUGGAAUUAUGAGGGGUACCUGUUUUGCACACUGAUGCACUCACACACAUUUUAAACAAUAUUUAAUAGCAAGAGACUGAAUUGCUGAAAUUCAGCAGCAGUUGAGUAGAACUCGUUCCUCCGACAGUCGGUUCAACGUUAGCGAAACAACCCGGAUUUACUAUACAUAUAUGCGGCCAAGGACUGUCAUUCCAGCGGCACUCCCCGUUCGUGUAUGGGAAAUGUUUUUGCUGCUACAAAGAAAACAAUAACAACUCGCUUUUUAUUGGUGCUUUUUUAAUAUGACCAUUAAUAAUAUAUUUUGUUUUUUCUAAUUUAUUUUUCAUUCCAUUAUAAAUUUAUUUUU